UGGUGAGCAGAUGGGGCGGAGCCGGUGAGUAGUAGGGUGGGGCUGCAAGACUGCGCGCCGGGCAGCCACCGCUGGGCGGUGAACAAACGCGGGCCUGGCGGAUCGCAGCGGCCUUCGGCGACCGCGAGAGGACCGGGAGCCGCUGGGACCCCGGCUGCGCGCCUCUCGGCCCGGUCGGGAGCUGCGCCAGUCGGAGCCCCGGGCCGAGCGCGGCUUGCCUGCCUCUCAGCGUUCAUCUGGCCGCAGCGCAGCCAGCGGGCAUGACCGAUCCACCAGGGGCGCCGCCGCCUGCCCUGGCAGGCCGCGGGUGAAAAACAAAGUCCGUCCCCGCUUCACUCAGAGCGAGAAGGUGGCUCCCAGCAGGGAAUUGACCCGGGGAAAGAGAGUGACCCGCAGCAAGAAAGUGACCGGGACCAAGGAGGAGACCCAGGUGGAGGAGGAGGUGACCAAGAUCGAGGAGGCGACCCAGACCGAGGACGUGACCGUGGCCGAAGAGGUGACCCAGACCGAGGACAUGGCCGAGACUGAGGAGUUGGUCGAGACGGAGGAAACGGAAACAGCCAUGCUCAGCGUGACCGUCACCCACAGCAAUGAGAGGUAUGACCUUCUUGUUACCCCACAGCAGGGCAAUAGUGAACCAAUUGUCCAAGACCUAGCUCAGCUUGUUGAAGAGGCCACAGGGGUUCCGAUCCCUUUUCAGAAGCUCAUCUUUAAGGGAAAAUCUCUGAAAGAAAUGGACAUACCAUUGUCAGCACUUGGAAUACAAGAUGGUUGCCGAGUCAUGUUAAUUGGGGAAAAGAGCAAUCCAGAGGAAGAGGUUGAGUUAAAGAAGCUGAAAGAUUUGGAAGUAUCUGUAGAGAAGACAGCUAACCACCUGGAAGAGUUGAAUAAAGAGCUUUCUGGCAUCCAGCAGGGUUUUCUGGCUAAGGAGUUACAAGCAGAGGCUCUCUGCAAACUUGAUAGGAAAGUCAAGGCCACAAUUGAGCAGUUCAUGAAGAUCUUGGAAGAGAUUGACACAAUGGUCCUACCAGAAAAUUUUAAAGACAGCAGGCUAAAAAGGAAGAAUUUGGUAAAAAAGGUUCAGGUGUUCCUAGCUGAGUGUGACACGGUGGAGCAGUACAUCUACCAGGAGACGGAGCGGCUGCAGUCUGCAAACUUGGCCCUUGCUGAAUGAAGUGUGCCGGAGAGUGCCUGUGCUGGCUGAAGAGCAGCCCCCGGCUCUGCCCUCCGGAACAGAAGCUGCUUGUUUCUCCGGGGCUGCCAGAGGCAACUGGCCAAAUAUCAAUUUCCCUGCCCCUCUAUCGGUUCUCAAUGAAAAAGUGCUGCCUUUGCGCCCUGAA